AUGAAGAUGUUCGACAAGCUGGCACAGACAUUUGACACUUGGUUCGAUGAUGCCAUGACGGAAAUGAAAGCAGGGGAUUUGCCUCAAGACCUGGUUGGCAUGAUCAAGUCUUUCACAUUCAAGCAGUUGACGUCAGCAGCAGGCGGCAUUGCGAAGGAGUUGCUGAGCGCAGACGACAACUUGAUGGAACUCAAUGCCAAGAAAUUGAAGUGCCUGUGUUACUCUGAAUUGGAAUUCAUCGCAAAGGAAGGGCGGUUCAAUUUCCGAGCCACAAGCGCGGGCAGCAAGCUGUAUGCCAUAUUGCGUGCGAUGAGCGCCGUAUUUCUGGGAGACACACAGCUGGUCGAAAGCAUCAACAGCAUCAUCAGAUUGAUCUCAUCCCGCUGCCCGCGAAUAGACUUACCCACACUGUCCAGCCGGCUCAUCGUUAAGAAAUCUUGCGCUUUUGCCAGGGCAACCGGUGAAGGUGUAGAUGACGACUCCGCAUGCAAGAGGUGGUCUGCUGUGAAGCGUCGUGCUGGUCCGGUGCUUCAAGACUUGCUUGGGUCAGGAGAGAAUUACAAGCCUGUCUUGGACACGCCCAACCGGUUCACGCCGACUUCGGUUGUUGAUUGGGCUCAGCUUCACGACGAUCUGGCUAACACAAACCUGUCACUCGCUUUGCCUGAUUUGAAAAUCACAGCAGCCUCACGUAUGUUGGCGGGAUCUGCAUUGGCAGCGCAUAGGGCGCAGUCGCAGUUUCGACAAGAUCUUGUUGAUUCCAAAGGUCGUUUGUGGAGCACCGCAUCUCAAGGUGCCCUUCAGCUUCAAGCAAAAGCCGCAGACACACAAGAUGCAGCAGAAGUUCGUGACUGCCACGUGCUUUGCGCGACAUCUCUGAGAUCCCACAUGGUCGUUGCAAAACUUGAGAGGACUGAUUCAGGCGAGCUCCGGCUGCAGGGCGACAGGUUUCAGUUCACGACGAUGAAAGAGAUUCUGCAGGACAUGCUCAAGGACAACGACACCAGGGUUGCGUUGAAAGGCUUGCAUUUGUUUCGUGCACCGACUGGUGGCUUGGCUGCCUUGCAGGUAGAUGCGCUCCCUAGCGUGGGCGACGUGGGCACAGAAUCUGCGUCUUCUUCCAAAUAUUCGUUUGGAGCUGUUCUUUGCGGAGUGUCUCAUGCUGCGGGUGCGCUUGUGGAAGUUGGCGGCCAGCCUGCAAGAAAAAGAAAACUUCUUGGCACUGCCAGCUUUCCGGAAUCAAUCCAACAGGAAACCUGUAUGGAUGUGGAUGGUGUGGAUGAUGCUACGAUUGACGCAGAGAUUACAGAACUUGUAGAUGUUGAAGCCGGGUAUGGCUUUGGAGAAGAAGAAGACAAUUCUACGGAGCAGGCAAACAAGCUGAUGGAUGAGUUGGACGACUCGGAUAUCAACAAAAGGAAUGCAUCGGCCAUUGCCGGCAUGACGGGCAAGGAUGGGCAAGUUGGGCAAGCAAGUGCACAAAGCAACAUGCUUCGUGCUUUGGAGCACGCUAAGGAGCUCGUUAAAGCAAAUAACAGUGAUCGUGGCGGCAGUGCCGUCAAUGUUGCAUUGACAGGUGCUGAGUUGGAAGAAGAGGCACUGUUGCUCUUGGUCAGGACUCGGCAAGAAGUGGCUUCACAGUCACAGUCAAUGCCACCGCCCAAGCUUCAGCCAAACAGAGACAACAUAGUGGCUCCUGGAAAAGCUAGAGCUUCAGCACGACCUGCGAGAGAAACCAAAUUCGAGCGCAGCCAAACUGAUUGGGACAGUGUUGCAGAUUGCUUGGGCCAAGAGGCAGGUGUUGAUGCCGAUGCCCAAGACGACAAGGAGUCUGCCUCAAACGAGGACCCGAUAGACGUCGCGCCUGAAAUGUCCACUGUCAAGUCGAUUACGAAUGCUGUUGGUGUGGGUGCAUCCAGUUCAUCACUGGAAGGCCAAGCAGUGCGUGCCAGGCGUGAGUGGUUAGCAGCUCUGGCGCGGACAUGGGCGGCUAUCAAAGAUGCAAGGACUCGUUGUCUGCAAGACAUUGGCUUCAACGAUGAGCUAUCGCUUCUAGCCCGCAAGCCCCGUGGUGCGCCUGCAGGGGGUGGCAAACCGGAACAUCCAGGGGAGCUGCUUUUCGUCAAGUGGGUUGACGUGACAGAGAGAGUCGGUAGGUUGGUGCGCAUAGACUCGGACAACAAGGUGGUCUACUGUCCGGCUUCCAUGUUUGGUAAACCUGUGCCAACGCAUGUUUUCAUGCCUGAUGAGUACGAUUACCUGGUGCAUGCAGUUGGAGCAACAAGCCGCAAAUACAAGCGACAGCACGGAGCGCUGCGUGAUGAGCUGCCACGUGACAUGGUUCGUUUCCGUGCCUUUGCGCAAGUGUCGAUGACAUAUGCGAACCAGGAGCUCUGUGUAGAUUGCUUGCAUUAUUUGAUACUUACUUUACUGAUACUGCACCGAUACUAUGUGUUCUGUAUAGUAGCUGCUCGAUAUGAUCUCAUCGCCACGGCCACCGCCCAAUAUGAUUUCUUAAUGUGA